GUCCUCGAUACUUCUCCGAUUAUCAAUGCUCGCUCGCCACUACUCAAUUGGACUCCAAGUUAGUAUGCAUGAGCCUUCUAAUUAUUCUCAAGCUGUUAAGGAUGAAAAUUGGAGACAAGCAAUGGAAACAGAGAUUAAAGCUCUCGAGGAUAAUCAGACUUGGAUUCUAACUGAUUUACCAGAAGGUAAAGUUCCCAUUGGUUGUAAAUGGGUCUACAAAAUUAAAUAUAAAACUGAUGGUACAAUCGAGCGGUAUAAAGCUCGUCUUGUUGCCAAAGGUUUUACUCAGCAAGAAGGUCUUGAUUAUCAUGAAACAUUUGCACCUGUGGCUAAAUUGGUUACUUUGAGGUGUUUGUUAGCAGUGGCAGCAAAUCAGAAUUGGUCUUUGCAUCAGUUGGAUGUUCAAAAUGCCUUCUUACAUGGUGACUUACAUGAAGAAGUAUAUAUGAAAAUACCACCUGGUUUUUCUCGUCAGGGGGAGAAUCGUGUUUGUAAAUUGCAGAAAUCAUUAUAUGGUCUAAAGCAAGCCUCUCGCAAUUGGUUUGCUAAACUUUCUAGUGCAUUACUGGAGGUGGGUUUCUUGAGUUCUCCUGUGGACCCUUCACUUUUUACUCGGAUUAAUGGUGCUAUUAAAAUGUUUGUCCUUGUAUAUGUUGAUGAUAUCAUAGUUACAGGGAAUGAUGUAGCUGCUAUUUCCUCUCUUAAGUCAUUCUUGCACAGCAGAUUCCAUAUGAAAGAUCUUGUUGAUGUUAAAGAUCCUGUUACCAUGAAGAGCGUUCCAGCUGAUGCAAAAACCAUGGGGGAGGUUAUGUUUAGGGGUAACACUGUCAUGAAUGGAUACCUGAAAAAUGUUGAAGCAACAACAGAGGCUUUCCGUGGUGGAUGGAUUCCAAAAUUUGGAGAUUUGGGAGAGGGAUGGAAAUACUUAGGCCUAUCGAGGAGGGAAAGUCAGAAUUUGGGAAGGAUUAGAGUCAGGCUUUUGAAUUUUGUAGUUAGGUUUGAAUGGGUUUUUACGUUUUAGCAAAUAAAUUCCAAAUUUUGGAGAUUUGGGAGAGGGACAGAAAUACUUAGGCUUACCGGGAAGGGAAACUCAGAAUUUGGGGAGGGAAAAUUGGGAAUAUGUAGAGGGAAGGAAAAAUGUAUACAAACGGCUAAAAUAAAAGAGGAAAAAAUUGUCUUUAAGAAAUAGGGAAUUAUACA